UUUAAAUUAGAUGCAAAACACUAUUUAUCUCUUAAUUGCGUGGACAUUUCCAAACAAUUCCACAGCGCUUUUGAGUUUUCUUCUGAUUUUCCGUUUGGCAAAAACACCAAAAACAGGUCCUAACGCAUAGAUUUGGGACAUAUUCGCAUUUAAUAUCUCCUCCUCUGCUACCCAUAUACGUUCAUUGUGUAUAUAUAUAGUCGCAGGUACGCACUGUUUGUACCUCUUUCUUGUUGGAGAAAGAAACCCCAUUCACAUUCAGGGAUUUUGGCCAAGCUUGGCUACGCUUGUGGGAAAUUUGGGGAAGCUGCUUUUUGUUUUCUGUUUUUAAUGGAAGGUAUGAGUAGCGCUUGAAGCAGCAGCCAUGCCUAGACGAGCAAACGGAGGGAAAAGCUCGGGUCCCAAGGGUUCGAAUAACGGUCAGAGUAAUGGUAAUGGGAUUAUUAAGAAAAGUCCCGUCCAGAUGCUUUAUGAUCUCUGUGUUGAGACCUUUUCGCCUCACGGAACGUUGCCUACACCGGAAGCCAUUGAGAAAUUGCGAUCGUUUUUAGAUACAAUUAAACCUUCUGAUCUGGGGCUCAAAGAGGUUGCAUCAGUACAGGAUGUAAGCAGUACACCUGUUGGGCGGCCAACAAUGCGAAAGGGGAAGGGCCGACGCCCUGUCAACAAAGGACCUGUCAACAAAGGAGCUGAAUUUGCACCACCUAUCACAUACUUGCAUGUUUAUGAAUGUGAUAGUUUUUCGAUUGGUAUAUUUUGUCUUCCAAAAUCAGGUGUUCUUCCUCUUCACAAUCAUCCAGGAAUGACCGUCUUAAGCAAGAUUCUUUAUGGGUCGAUGCAUAUAAAAUCUUAUGAUUGUGUUGAAUUGCCUCAAGACAUCCAACAUAUUUCUGAUCCUCCACAAUCAAUAUUAGCCAAAAAAAAGGUUAAUACAGUUUAUUCAUCCCCCUGUGAACCUUCUAUAUUAUGUCCAAGAACUGGAGGUAAUAUACAUUCGUUCACAGCAGUGACCUCUUGUGCUGUACUUGAUGUUCUUGCUCCUCCUUAUUCUGAUAAGGAUGGAAGACAUUGCACAUAUUAUCGGGAUUAUCCAUAUUCAAGACAACCUGGACUCUCUGAGAAUGGAAAUGCAUGUGACGAUGAACAAAGUUAUGUGUGGUUGGAGGAGAUAGAAAGGCCAGAUGACUUUUUUGUUAAAGGGGGACAAUACAUGGGCCCAAGAAUUGAGCCUUGAUGACUAUGAAUGUAUAUUGUUGAUGUCUUAAAAUGGCAGAAUCCAUUCUCGAGUAUACAGUUUCAAUCUUGUCAUUUCCAUAUGGAUGGUCUCGACUUCAAUGACGAAAAAUGGUUUACUUGCAACUCCUAAAGGGGUCACUGUAGGAACUGAUCAUGUAGGCAUGAGACAUUCUAUUAUGCUGUACGUUGAAUCCCGUUUAGAGUUCAUUCUCUAAGUGUACAACGAAGUUGUAUUUUAAUGAUAUGCACUCCUGUAGAUAUGAAACAAUUUUCACUUGUUGAUAAAUGUAAUGAGAAAUUCUUGCCCA